ACACUCUAUUUUUCAUAUCAUUUAGGCACAACAAAGAAAGCACACACUCUUCCCUUACCUAAAAAACACAAAAAAUGGCCCUUGAAGCUCUCAACUCUCCAACCACUCCGGCGCCGCCGUCGUUCAAGUUCGACAACACCGCCGCCUCCCUCGAGCCAUGGUCCAAGGGCAAGCGCUCGAAGCGCUCCCGCAGCUCCACGGAGGAAGAAUACCUCGCUCUCUGCCUCAUCAUGCUCGCCCGCGGCGGCGCCGCCUCAUCCACGGCCGAUCCACCGCCUCAAUCCCGGCUUCCUCCGCCUCCUCCGGCAGCGACGGAAGCUCCGAAGCUGGUUUACAAGUGCUCGGUUUGUAGCAAGGCGUUUGGGUCCUACCAAGCCUUGGGCGGCCACAAAGCCAGCCACCGCAACAAGCUCAGCUCCGGCGGUGGCGGAGACGAGCACUCCACCACCUCCGCCUCCGCCGUCACGUCGACCUCCGGCAGCGGCGGCGGGAGAGUCCACGAGUGCUCCAUCUGCCACAAGUGCUUCCCCACCGGCCAGGCCUUGGGAGGCCACAAGCGCUGCCACUACGAAGGCGGCGCUCCCACCGCCGCCGGAAGCAGCGUGGUGAGCUCGUUGGAGGGAGUGGGGUCCACCGUUAGCCACCGCGAUUUCGACCUGAAUCUGCCGGCGUACCCCGAAUUCUGGCAGAGAUUUGGCAGCGAGGACGAAGUCGAGAGCCCGCACCCGGCGAAGAAGGCUCGGCUGUCGCCGCCGGCGAAGUUGGAAUUGGUCUGAAGAAUCUUUAUAGAAUAGUGAAUUAUUAGGAAAAGUUGAAAAUUUAUUUAUUUUUUUUAAGUUUUGUUUGGUGGUGGAAAUUGUUUGUAAAUGGAAAUGGGGAAUCAUUGCUGAUUAUUUAUUGAUUCUUUGAUUUAUUGCGAUACAAUAAAUUGUUUUGUAAAUGAAA